AUUAGAAAUUGACUUUGAUGCGUGACGUUUUUGCUGGCUGCUCUUAGGAUGGCUGCGGAAUCUAGAAACAUUCAGGCAUGUAAUGCAAGAUCCCAAGAAAGGUAACUGAAUGAUAAAUGACGCAAAGUCUGCUAGCUAUAGCCCUGCUUCAUCCUUUACGUCCUAAACUAAGUUUGAUCUUCGUUACUCCAUCAAGGCAGGGCGCAGUCAUCGUUCAUUGUGUGAAUUCCUCGGUAGAGAACUUCCUUAUCGGGCCAAGCAGAUCCAUGGAAUCGGUUGCUAUAUAGAAGGGAUAAGACUGUAGGCUGAUAUGCUCACUUGAUAGUUCUCGAAUCUAGAUCAGGGUCUCGAUUCCAUUCCAAGCCGCUCUUGAGUUAGGAUUUGAGUUUGCCAUUGCCAGUGGACGCCUAUUAGGAUCAAUUACCAUGGCUGUUCAGCGCGCUGUCAUUGUCCGAGAGCGCGGUCAAGUUACUUUGGCCGAUGAUGUGCCGAUACCCGCCUUGCCUGAUGAGUAUAUCCUGGUUAAGACACAAGCAGUGGCUUUGAACCCAACGGACUGGAAGCAUGUUGACUUCGACACCUGCACAGGAACCAUCGUCGGCUGUGACUACGCCGGCGUCGUGGAAACUAUCGGACCACGAGUCAGGAAGCCUUGGAAGAAAGGGGACCGCGUGGCCGGCUUUGUGCACGGGUGUAACGUGAAGCAGACUCAGGGAGGUGCAUUUGCGCAGUAUGUCAUCGCGAAAGGGGACAUACAAUUCAGGGUGCCGGAAUGGAUGAGCAUUGACGGAGCCGCUUGCUUGGGUGUUGGCAUGAUGACUAUCGGCCAAAAUCUGUAUCAGUCCAUGCAGCUCCCUGGCCCUGGAAUGGCAUGUGAUAAUGAGAUCGCGGAUAUGCAGAGAGACGAAAAGGGUAAUAAUGAGGAUAUCCCUAGCAUCCUGAUCUAUGGUGGUGCAACGUCAACAGGUUCUCUCGCGAUCCAAUUUGCAAAGCUAUCGGGGCUGCGCGUCGUCACAACGUGCUCAGAAGUUAGUCGUGCCUGGAUGCAUGAACUGGGUGCGGAUGCCGUCUUUGACUAUCACGAUCCUCACGUAGGUGACCGGAUCCGUGAGUUUACCGAUGAUACCCUCGAGCUAGCUUUCGAUACAAUCUCCACUAACCAAACGGCUGCUAUCUGUGCCGCUGCCAUUUCAUCCUCCGGGGGCUGUUACAAUGCACUGCUAGACGUACGCUGCCCGCGAGGCGAUGUCGAUACGCAUGUUUCCAUGGCAUACGAUAUGAUUGGAGAGCCAUAUGUGAUGGGAGGCAAAGAAGUCCAGGCCCAGCCGGAAAAUCUCUCAUUUGGAGCGCAAUGGGCGAAUACCGUCGAAGCCCUUUUGCAGAGCCGUCAGGUCACAUCCCAACGGUUCCAGGUCAAGCCAGGAGGCCUAGCCGGGAUUGCUUCGGGGUUGGAUUGGCUGCGGCAAGGCAAAGUGCGAGCCUCAAAGCUGGUGUAUAAGGUCGAUGAAACUGCUUGA